AUGCAAAGACAACUGCUAGGCUCGGCUGUGCUCCUCCCUCUGAGUCACGUGGGCUGUGCCGACGUCAUGACUAUAUAAGGCGUGGCGCCGGGCCUCAAGUUCUCUUUCGCACGCUCCUCUCUCUGUGGUUACACAGCAGCAGACAUGGGUUUCGGAGAUCUCAAGUCCGCCGCAGGCCUCAAGGUCCUCAACGAGUUUCUGGCCGAUAAGAGCUACAUCGAGGGGUAUGUGCCCUCUCAGGCGGAUAUAGCGGUCUUCGAAGCCCUAUCUGGCGCUCCCCCUGCUGAUCUAUUCCAUGCACUUCGUUGGUACAACCACAUCAAAUCUUAUGAAAAGCAAAAAGCCAGCCUACCUGGAGUAAAGAAACCCUUGGGAAAAUACGGGCCAGUGAAUAUAGAAGACACAACAGACAGCGCACCUAAAAAUGCUAAAGAGGACGACGAUGAUGACAUUGAUCUAUUUGGCUCUGAUGAGGAGGAGGAAAGUGAAGAUGCAAAGAGAAUUAGAGAGGAGCGACUGGCACAGUAUGAAUCUAAGAAAUCCAAAAAACCUGCACUUAUUGCUAAAUCGUCCAUCCUGCUUGAUGUGAAGCCAUGGGAUGAUGAAACAGAUAUGGCAAAACUAGAAGAAUGUGUCAGAAGCAUCCAGAUGGAUGGCUUGCUAUGGGGAUCAUCCAAGCUUGUUCCAGUUGGGUAUGGCAUCAAGAAGCUACAAAUUCAGUGUGUUGUUGAAGAUGACAAGGUUGGCACAGAUGUCUUGGAGGAGAAGAUCACAGCAUUUGAGGACUUUGUACAGUCUAUGGAUGUUGCUGCUUUCAACAAAAUCUAAUUCCACCUCUCCAUUUCUUUUGGCACUUAAUAAACAACUUGCUCUAAA